CCCUCCCUCUGGCUGUUCCCCGUCUGAGGCAGGGCUCCAGUAGCUAUGGCGGCUGUGACUGAUGUACAGCGGCUACAGGCCCGUGUGGAGGAGCUGGACCGCUGGGUGUACGGGUCGGGCGGGUCGCGCGGCUCGCGAAAGGUGGCUGAUAGUCUGGUCAAGGUGCAGGUUGCUUUGGGGAACAUCGCCAGCAAGAGAGAGAGAGUGAAGAUUCUGUAUAAAAAGAUUGAAGACCUGAUCAAAUACCUGGAUCCUGAGUACAUUGACCGCAUUGCCAUGCCUGAUGCCUCUAAGCUGCAGUUCAUUUUAGCAGAGGAGCAGUUUAUCCUCUCCCAGGUUGCACUCCUGGAGCAGGUGGAGGCUUUGGUGCCUAUACUGGACAGCACUCAGAUCAAAGCCGUUCCUGAGCAUGCUGCCUGCCUGCAACGCUUGGCCCAGAUCCACAUCCAGCAGCAGGACCAGUGUAUGGAGAUCACUGAGGAGUCCAAGGCUCUCCUGGAGGAAUACAACAAGACUACAAUGCUUCUCUCCAAGCAAUUUGUGCAGUGGGAUGAGCUACUUUGCCAGCUAGAGGCCGCCAAGCAAGUGAAGCCAGCAGAGGAGUGAUGGCUACUCCCCAUCUCACAGUGGGCUAGGGCGGCCAGGCUCUAGGGCUGUGUGCCAACCUGCAGAGGAAGCUCUCAAUUUUUUGGAUUGAUAGCCUACCAGUCUGCACUCAGGUGGGGCUCUGAGGUUAGAGGUUUGGCUAUUUGAAGUUUGCUGUUUGCACUCCCUCCCUUUAUCAGUGUCCUAUUGUAGUCACAAUAAAUUGUAGAGAUCACUGGA